CAUGGCGGCGAGCACAGGCUACGUGCGGCUGUGGGGUGCGGCGCGGUGCUGGGCACUGCGGCGGCCGCUGCUGGCAGCCACCGGGUGGAGGGGCCCGACUGCGGCCGGAGCGUGGCUUCCCAGAGCCUGGCGGGCCUGCGACGCCUCGCCUCCUUGGGCGCUUUGGGGCCGAGGACCGGUGGCCGCGGGCCAGUGGCGAGGGCUUUGGGAGGCGAACAACCGCGGUGGCGGGGCAUUCUCGGGCGGCGAGGAUUCCCCCGAAGGCGGCGCGGAGGAAGGGGCCGGGGGCGCUGGGGGUAGCGCAGGCGGCGGGGAAGGCCCGGUCAUAACGGCUCUCACGCCCAUGACCAUCCCGGACGUGUUCCCGCACCUGCCGCUCAUCGCCAUCACCCGCAACCCGGUGUUCCCGCGCUUUAUCAAGAUUGUCGAGGUUAAAAAUAAGAAGUUGGUUGAGCUGCUGAGAAGGAAAGUCCGUCUUGCCCAGCCAUAUGUCGGUGUCUUUCUAAAGAGAGAUGACAACAAUGAGUCUGACGUGGUGGAGAGCCUGGAUGAGAUCUACCACACAGGGACGUUCGCCCAGAUCCACGAGAUGCAGGACCUAGGGGACAAGCUGCGUAUGAUCGUCACAGGGCAUAGAAGGAUUCACAUCAGCAGACAGUUGGAGGUGGAGCCCGAGGAGCCAGAUGCGGGGAAUAAACAGAAGCCACGGAGGAAGGCCAAGCGUGGCAAGAAGGAAGCAGAGGAUGACAUGAGUGCCAAGACCCAGAUGAACAUAGCCAUGGAGCCCGCUUCCGAAACCCCUAAUGAGGUACUCAUGGUGGAAGUCGAGAACGUUGUCCAUGAAGACUUUCAGGUCACUGAAGAAGUGAAGGCCCUAACUGCGGAGAUCGUGAAGACUAUCAGGGACAUCAUCGCCUUGAACCCUCUCUACAGAGAGUCGGUGCUGCAAAUGAUGCAGGCGGGCCAGAGGGUGGUGGACAACCCCAUCUACCUGAGCGACAUGGGGGCCGCGCUGACUGGGGCUGAGUCCCAUGAGCUGCAGGAUGUCCUGGAGGAGACUAAUAUCCCUAAGCGGCUGUACAAGGCCCUGUCCCUUCUGAAGAAGGAGUUUGAGCUCAGCAAGCUGCAGCAGCGCCUGGGCCGAGAGGUGGAGGAGAAGAUCAAGCAGACGCAUCGCAAGUACCUGCUGCAGGAGCAGCUGAAGAUCAUCAAGAAGGAGCUGGGGUUGGAGAAGGAGGACAAGGACGCCAUCGAGGAGAAGUUCCGCGAGCGGCUCAAGAUGCUGGUGGUGCCCAAGCACGUCAUGGACGUUGUGGACGAGGAGCUGAGCAAGCUGGGGCUGCUGGACAACCACUCCUCGGAGUUCAAUGUAACACGGAACUACCUGGACUGGCUCACGUCCAUCCCCUGGGGCAGGCACAGUGACGAGAACCUGGACCUGGCACGGGCGCAGGCGGUGCUGGAGGAGGACCACUAUGGCAUGGAGGACGUGAAGAAGCGCAUCUGGAACAGAAAGACUGCAGUGAAAAGGCCAGAGAACAAACAGGAGUUCAUUGCUGUUAGCCAGCUCCGUGGCUCCACCCAGGGCAAGAUCCUCUGCUUCUAUGGCCCCCCUGGUGUGGGCAAGACCAGCAUCGCCCGCUCCAUCGCACGGGCCCUCAACCGCGAGUACUUCCGCUUCAGUGUGGGCGGCAUGACCGAUGUGGCUGAGAUCAAGGGGCACAGGCGGACCUACGUGGGGGCCAUGCCUGGGAAGAUCAUCCAGUGUCUGAAGAAGACCAAGACGGAGAACCCCCUGGUCCUCAUAGAUGAGGUGGACAAGAUUGGCCGAGGCUACCAGGGGGAUCCAUCGUCAGCACUGCUGGAGCUGCUGGACCCCGAGCAGAAUGCCAACUUUUUGGACCACUACCUGGACGUGCCUGUUGACUUGUCAAAGGUGCUGUUCAUCUGCACAGCCAAUGUCACAGACACCAUCCCUGAGCCACUGAGGGACCGCAUGGAGAUGAUCAAUGUGUCUGGCUAUGUGGCCCAGGAGAAGCUGGCCAUUGCGGAGCGGUACCUGGUGCCCCAGGCCCGAGCCCUGUGUGGCCUGGAUGAGACUAAGGCCAAGCUGUCAUCGGAUGUACUGACGCUGCUCAUAAAGCAGUACUGUCGGGAGAGCGGCGUGCGUAACCUGCAGAAGCAGGUGGAGAAGGUGCUGCGGAAGUCAGCCUACAAGAUUGUGAGUGGCGAGGCAGAGACAGUAGAGGUGACACCUGAGAACCUGCAAGACUUUGUGGGAAAGCCCAUGUUCACGGUGGAGCGCAUGUAUGAUGUGACACCACCCGGCGUGGUCAUGGGUCUGGCCUGGACUGCCAUGGGAGGCUCCACCUUGUUUGUUGAGACAUCUCUGAGAAGACCACCAGACAGGGAUGGGAAGGGGGACAAGGACGGCACCCUGGAGAUGACAGGCCAGCUGGGGGAUGUGAUGAAGGAAAGUGCCCGCAUUGCGUACACUUUCGCCAGGGCGUUCCUGAUGCAGCAGGACCCCACCAAUGACUACCUAGUGACCUCGCACAUCCACCUGCACGUGCCAGAGGGCGCCACGCCAAAGGAUGGUCCCAGCGCCGGCUGCACCAUCGUCACAGCCCUGCUGUCCCUUGCCAUGGACCGACCUGUCCGGCAGAACCUGGCCAUGACGGGUGAGGUGUCCCUGACUGGCAAGAUCCUGCCUGUGGGUGGCAUUAAAGAGAAGACCAUAGCGGCCAAGCGUGCAGGUGUGACAUGCAUCGUGCUGCCAGCUGAGAACAAGAAAGACUUCUAUGACCUGGCGGCCUUCAUCACCGAGGGCCUGGAGGUGCACUUCGUGGAACACUACGGAGAAGUCUUCCACAUCGCCUUCCCCUUCCCUGAGCAGCAGGCAGAGGCCCUGGCCCUUGAGCGGUGACGGCUGGCACUGCCACCAGGACAGUGCUGAGGCCUGACAGGGACCCACGGUAGCCUAAUCAUGGAGAGUGGCGCGGAGCCGAGCUGUGUGAUCAUGAGUAAAGCAUUUCUUGUACAACUUGG